AUGUGGGCGAAAGCAGCAUCCAUUCUCGCUUUGGCGUCGACUGCCCUUGCGCAGACCAAGGGGUUCAACUACGGCGCGACAAACGCAGACGGCUCGUGCCGCGGGUACAACGACUUCGUUCGCUUCUUCAAUGAAGCCAAGAGUCUUCCUGGAGCACCUGGAUUCAACACAGCUCGCCUGUACACAUCAGUCCAAUGCGGUACCGCAGCCGACCCGAUCUCUGCAUUCCGUGCUGCUGUUGAUACCGACACCAAGAUUCUUGCCGGUCUCUGGGCCAGUGCAGGGCGAGCUGCGUACGAGAAUGAAUUGAAUGCAUUGAUCCGUGGUGCCCAGGAGCUAGGCACGCCUUUUACCGACAGAAUCAUCGGCAUCAGCGUUGGGUCAGAGGAUUUGUACCGCAGCAGCGAGCAGGGCAAGAUUAACAAUGCUGGAGUUGGAGCUACAGGAGCGGAGAUCGAAGGGUAUAUCGGCUGGAUGCGCGAUUGGAUCAGGGGUACUCCACUCGAGGGCAAGCCUAUCGGUCACGUUGACACUUGGAGUGCCUGGGUUCUGCCUGAGAAUCGCGGUGUUGCAAACAGCGUUGACUUCCUUGGCCACAACUCUUUCCCCUACUUUGAGACUACCCGACCCAACUCUAUCGACCAAGCUCGCGAGAAUCUGUAUGCCGCCAUUGGACAGACUGAGAGCGUAUCAGGCGGAAAGCCUGUCUGGGUGACCGAGACUGGUUGGCCACGAUUCGGACCCAAUUCUGGUGCAGCCGUCGCCUCCCUCGACAAUGCGAAGCGCUACUGGAAGGAAGUUGGUUGCUCACUGUUUGCGUCCCGCAACACCUUUUGGUACACACUUAAGGAUGCGAACGCUGCUCAGAGAGACAUCUCGUUCGCGAUUACACCGGCAGAAAAUAACACUCCUUUCUUUGACCUGACUUGCUAG